AUGGGUUCAGUCAUCGAGGGAGACGAUAUCCCGACGACAACAUCCGUUGAUCCCACCAUUCUAUCGGAGAUUCCCCUAUUCCGCCGUCCCCUGAAAGUUGUGAGCCAUGGCUCCUCAGCCUGGGCUCACAGUUAUCGGAUUGAUGUCGAGGAUGAAGGCCAACUAGAGUCAUAUUUCAUGAAGGUAUCAUUAGGGGACCAUGGCAGAGAAGCUCUCAAAGGGGAGUUUGAGGCCACUUCUGCAAUCCACGGCGUUGUCGGUAGCUUCACUCCCAAACCAAUUGGAUAUGGCUCCUUCCAAGCUCUUCCAGGAGCACAUUAUUACUUCUGUCAGUUCUAUGAACUCUCGGAGGAGCUACCUGAACCAGUUGAGUUCUGCGAGAAAGUGGCCUUUUUGCAUUCGAGGAGCAAAUCGCCGAAUGGGAAAUUUGGCUUUCACGUUGUGACGUACAACGGUGAUCUUCCUCAGGAGAAUGGCUACGCUGAUACCUGGGAAGAAUUCUUCAUUAACGGCUUCAGACACAUGAUCAAUAUGAACAUUAAACGUGGGGGCCGGUGGCCCGAGCUGGAAGGCCUGGACACUGCCAUGAUUGAGAAAGUUAUUCCUCGAUUGUUACGGCCCAUGGAGACCGAUGGACGGUCCAUCAAGCCAGCUCUCGUUCAUGGAGACCUGUGGUGCGGAAAUGCCGCUAUCGAUACGGCCACGGAGUUGCCAUUGAUAUACGACCCUGCAAGCUUUUAUGCGCACAAUGAGUAUGAAUUGGGCAACUGGCGUCCUGAGCGGAACAAGUUUACCAGGAGCUAUUUCAAUGCCUAUCAUAAACAUAUCCCGAAGUCAGCCCCAGAAGCAGACUAUGAUGAUCGGAAUGCCCUGUACUCAAUGCGAUUUAACUUGCAGGCAGCUGCCCUCUUUCCCGAGGUCACCAGCUUCCGAGAAUCGGUAGUUGAUGAAAUGAGACGUCUUGUUACGAAAUUUCCCGGGGGCUAUGAGGAAUACGCCAAAAUGUCGACUGUCGGUUUCGGCACCUUUCAAGGUGAUGCUGGCAACGGAAGCGUCAAGGAGGCUGUUCUACAAGCACUGCGUUGCGGCUACAGACACAUCGACACCGCCACUGCUUAUGGAAACGAAAGGGAGGUCGGUGAAGCCAUCAAGGAGAGCGGAAUACCUCGAGAAGAGAUCAUUGUUACCACCAAGCUAGCUCAGACGUGGCACCGUGUUUCCGACGUUGAGAGAGCACUCGACCUCAGCUUGGAGAGGCUUCAAUUGAACUAUGUUCCCCAUGCAUACAGCCCUGGACCGGAUAACAACACAAUCCGUCAUCCUAAUGGAAAGCCCAUAAUUGACCACGAACUGUCAAGAGACUAUCCAUCGACAUGGGCAGCCAUGGAGAGCCUGGUCGAUAAAGGAAAAGCGAAAAUGAUUGGAGUCUCCAACUUCAAUAUCUUGAAGCUCGAGAGACUUCUCGGGUCAGCCAGGAUUCCUCCUGCAGUCAACCAGAUCGAACUUCACCCUUAUUUACCCCAAGUUGAGCUCGUAAAGUUCUGCAAAACCAAUGGCAUUCACGUAGUGGCUCACCAGCCACUCGGCGGCAAGCCAGUAGCAGCUGUCAAUCCCAACGCAGACCGACCAGCUGAAAUAGCCUCGAAACAUGAGCGUUCUCCGGCCCAAAUAAUACUAUCCUGGAUCGUCCAACAAGGUAUAUCUGUGAUUCCAAAGACAGUCCGACAAAGCAGAAUGGUAGAGAACCUCGACCUGAAACAGUUGCCAGAUAAGGACAUGGAAACAAUAUCCGAUCUUUCGAAGGAGAAAGGAGAAGUCCGCUACCUCGAUCCGAAGAACCACAUUGGCUUCAAUAUUUUUGAUGAGCGACACGAUCAGCCAGUACAGGAGUGA